CACAAACAGUUCUAAUCGUGAUUUCAAGGUGUUUGGACGUAUGUCAUUACACUGUAUUAUGUUGCGACUACGACUUACCAACUGACGUUAUUAUCUGAGGCACACAUCAUUUUCACUCAAAUAUUUUCUCCUGCAUUUUGUCAAUGAACCCAAUUUUUGUUCAUUUUUUUUUUGUUGAUAACAAAGUGAAUUGUUUACUACUUUAUGGAUAUUAUUUGAUUUUUCCUGAAGAAAGCUGUGCAUAAACACAGACUUUUCGGAAGAGAAGUAGACGAAGAGAAUAAUUAAAUUUAGAACAAUUUUCAAGUGUUGAAUAGAACAGUUGAUCUCAUCCCAGGAAAUCAUGUAUAAAUAAAAUUUGUUGUUAUUGAUGUGGAUAAAAGUUCCGUCGAUGUUAUCAACAAUUCUUCGAAUAGAAGUCGAAUCAUCUACAGUGACAAUCUCGUUGUGUCAUUGAUUUAUCUGAAAUUCGUACGGUAAACUUGAACUCUUGUUAUCAAACACCAUUCGUCGGAAAUUCGAAUAACUUCGUUUGAAAAGUGAUCGAAGUCCAUCUGUGUUUUUUUUCGAUGUUUUAUUCAUAAGUUUCCUUCAAGUUUGUGCAUUAAAAUUCUGGGAAAAUUCCGUGAUCAAAUUUAUCAGGACUCUGGAACAAAAAACUGCAACAAAUAUACUGCAAAAUACGUUCUGAAUUGAAUCAAAAGACAAAUUGAGAUUUAUCACAAAAUAAACAAUAAAAAUUACAACGCAAAAAAUCUGAAUUAUAAGCACAGCUAAUAAAGUUCACAACAACGUGCUCGACGAAGUGAUUCAAUCUGAAGUCAACUUUUGUUUCGGAUUUAAGUACCCAAACACACACACACACAGACACAUACAAACAAAUGUCACCCGGUUCAAAUACGCCACGAUCAAGUGAAAUGCAUUCGCCAAAAGUAACGCCAAACAAUUUGGAAUCAAGCACAGUAAUCGCACAAAACACAAAUUCUAUGUCACCGUCAUCCGUAUCACCACGAACAAUGUCACCGCCAACCGAUCGCAAUGGUUUUAUUGGCGACAAUUUCGGUGGAUACCAACAGAGUUUUGCCAAUUCAGUGGUUCCCUAUCAAACGAAUGUUCCACCGAAAAAGUCAUUUUGCAUCGAUGCUUUGUUGUCGAAGAAUCAUCAAAGCAAUGGCGAUCAAUCGCCCGAUGCCAAUCGUUUCCUGAGCGACGAUGACACUGGCAACAAAUACAGCGACGAUCAACGCGAAUACAUGUCCAGUCCAGAAGAUGGAAUCUCAAGGUCUGAAUCGCCAUCAUCACAGCGAUCAAGUCCACCGAUAAGCCCGGGUUGCGAAGACCAAAUGCUCGAUUCGCAUGAAACAUUUAAAAAACCAUUACCUCCGAUGCGACCACAAGAAUUUCCACCAUUUUACAGUGGCUAUCCGUACCAUUUAAUGCAGCACGGCACCUCGGCAUUUCAUCGGCCAAUUGAUGCAUCGGGAAAACCAAUACCGUUGCACAUGAAUCAUGGAUUUGUGCCACCACAUCUGUCAUUAGAGUUUCUAGCCAAGGCUGGAAUGUUUCAUCCACAUUUGCCGAAUUUAGCGGGUGGACUCCAUAUGCCGCAUGCAAUGUUGGGCAAAACAAGACGGCCACGAACCGCCUUCACAUCACAACAAUUACUCGAACUAGAAAAGCAAUUCAAACAAAGCAAAUAUUUGUCGCGACCAAAGCGAUUUGAAGUGGCCAGCUGCUUGCAUCUGUCCGAGACACAGGUUAAAAUCUGGUUUCAAAAUCGCCGAAUGAAAUGGAAACGCUCGAAGAAGGCACAACAGGAGGCCAAAGAGAAGAAAUCCUCAUCUUCAUCAUCGUCGUCAUCGUCAUCGGGUGGGUCAUCAUCUGUAUCAACAUCGUCGUCAUCGUCCAGUUCAACGCAACCACCGAUCUCAGCGCCCACCACUGGCAGCUCAACACAAAAUCUCGUCUCAAUUCAAUCCAUCAAUGGGCCGAUCAGUGACCAUAUCGUUGUGAAUAAAUCGACCGAUAAAAUGCUUGACGCUAAUCUACUGUUGAGCAAUGCAAAUGGAUUUCAUCAACCAAAAGCGAUGGCCAAUUUGGAGCAACAUCAUCGGCACAUUGUCAAUUUGAGCUCGAAUUUAUCCGAAUACAAUAGCAAUUUAUCGAUUGAAGAAAGUAUGCAGGCAGCGGCCAAACUCAAUCGACGCCCCAUGAUUUUUGCCGAUGGCAAUCAAGACAUCCAUUUUCGGCCGUAUGUCGUGUAACCAGCAAACGAAUCGAACCUUCAUUUAAAUUGAACACUCGAAUAAUCCAAUCAAACAAUUUUUUUUAGGUUCUGGUCUUUAUUUCUUUUUUUUUCUUGCCACUCAAUUUUUACUAAUGAGUGAGCUUCAUGGCUCGAGUUGUACACACACACACACACACGCUAAAGUUACAAAAAAUUACAACCCAGUAAGUUUGAAUAAAUAUUCUAGUCUUUAGAUAUUAAUAUUCAUAGCAUUUGUUUGCAAGCGUAGAUGUUAAGAAUCAUGUUUUUUUCUAUACUUAUUUCCAUCGUUAUCUUUUGGCAACAAAUUUUUACGUUUACUUUUCGUUUCAUUUCAUUACUAUAGGCUUGUCUCAAAUGCUUUUCAUUUAUACAUAGUAUUCCAAAGUGGUUAAGAUUGCUUGUAAUUUGAUAAGUUAAACAAACACACACACACACACACAAAGUAAAUGAUGUAGUUUAGUGAAUCUAUUCCCACAAAUAUUUCGCGUAGUUGUCUUUUAAACUAUGUCAUUUUGGGCACGUUAUCAUGUUGCUAAUGGUGAAUUGAAACGAAUUUGGGUCACACUUUAACAACUUGAUUUGCUGCCAAGCAAAAGGAAAAAGAAAAGAAAAAAACAAUUGGGACAUUCACGCUUUCUCAAUUCCACACGCAAAAAGAUGAAAAGAGGACUCCCCGUGAGAAUUAGAAUCAAGUAUAAAUUAAUUUGAAAGAUGCGCUUACGGCUGUUCAUUAGUUUCACAUGAUACUUACUGACCAUGAAAUGUCUCGAAAUAUUUCCAAAAAAUACAACAACUAAAAUCAAACAGAAAUGUAAUUGAAAUAAUUUCAAAUAUAAUCCACAUUGGUGUAAUCACUUUUUAAUCGAUAAAAUUGAACAGCAACAGAAAAAAGUUCGAAAGAUGUAGAGAUAUUCGUGUUUGCAUCAAUAGUAAUUGCAUAAUGUUAAUCAUUCCAUUUUAAGCAUUUUCGAGAGUUACAUUUUAGAUCAUCUAAAGCUAGAAGUUAAGAAACCCUGUAAAUAAUUCUCAAAAUUGAAAAACUGCACACAAACACCACACACACAUAAAAAAUAUGUCAUGAAAAAUGAUCAACUUAUUUAAUAAUUCAAAUCACCAUGUCAACACACGCAAUAAAACAAAUGCCCGCAAGACAUAAUCCACUCACAGAUUCCAAUUGUAUAGAUAAUAAAAAAUUUUAUGAACGAAUUUAAUUUAACAAAAAAAUGGAAGAAUAAAAUUUAGAUCUUAAACAUAAAA